AUGGCGAUAGAAAAGAAAAUAAGACUAUUUUCUGAUGCGCAAAGCAUAAAACUGAAAGGCUUGCGUCCCGGGCCUACUGCCAGAGCGGAGUCCCUGGACGCGAUCAAAGUGUCGGCGGUGUCGGGCGGCGAGGCGACGCUGCCCUGCGACACGCGCUCACCGCAACCCACUGACGUGUUGCUGCUCGUCGUGUGGUACAAAGACGACAUCCCAAUCUAUAGUUACGACGGCCGAGUCAAGACCAAUUCGGCACACUGGGCGGACAACGUAUUGGCCGGCCGGGCCAAGUGGCAUUCUGUGCAGCCGUCAGCGCUGCGAAUACACGACAUUGUGGCGUCAGACCGCGCGCUCUACCGGUGUCGAGUGGACUUCAAGAUAUCGCCGACUAGGAAUCACAAGAUCCUGCUUGAUGUCAUAGAAUUACCAGAAAAACCAAAAAUAUUUGACGAGUUGGAUAAAGAAGUGAUUGGCGUUGCUGGACCAUAUGUAGAAGACACCAGUUUGAAACUCACCUGUGUUGUAAGUGGAGGUAACCCGCUGCCAAGGUUGCGAUGGUGGCGCGACGACAAAGUGAUCGCCACUCUGAUGCCCGUAGACGACGGAUCGGGGCUCAGCUCGUUGGAGCUGCGGAUACCGAAGCUCUCGAGAGAUUACUUCGAGGCUGUGUACACUUGCACAGCCGAUAAUACCCUUCUUAUACCGCCGUUGAGAGUCAACGUGCAGAUUCAACUAUAUCUGCAACCACUUCUAGUGGAAAUACUUGCUAGAGAGCAACCACUAUCGGUCGGGCAACUGGCAGAAUUGGCUUGCAGAGCGGUUGGCUCGCGGCCGCCUGCCCUCAUAUCAUGGUGGCUGGAUGAAAAACCUCUCAAAGCUCAUUCACAGAAGAACUCCGACGAUAGAAACGAGACGAUAUCGUUUCUUCGAUGGACUCCUCAGAUGGAGCACGAUGGACGCAUGCUGACCUGCAGAGCCACACACGUCAAGCUAAACCAUUCCACGUUGGAAACCACUAUGUCGCUCAAUUUGCACUACGUGCCAAUAGUGGUCCUUGAACUGGGCUCAACGUUGAAUCCAAACGACAUAGAGGAGGGGGACGACGUAUACUUUGAAUGCGUGGUGCGUGCCAAUCCGCCCGCAUACAAAGUCGUUUGGGAGCACAACGGUCAAAUAAUGACGCACAAUCAGCGAGCUGGUGUUAUAGCCGGAUCAGCUCAUCUCGCACUACAAGGAGUUUCGCGGGAGCAGGCCGGGAGAUAUGUCUGUACCGCUUCCAACGUAGAAGGAGAUGGGAAAUCUCCACCAGUCAACUUGCAGGUUAUAUAUAAACCUGUGUGCAAUAGUUUGUCACCGUUCGUGGUAGGAGCCGCCAUCAACGAGCCAGCAAAAGUGAAGUGUGAAGUGGACGCCUUCCCCCCACCGAACAGUUUCGAGUGGACACUGAAUAAUUCCAUGGGAACUGUGGAGUUGGAGCCGAGCAAGUUCACCAUCGACAGCGUUGGCCGGUCCAUCCUCACUUACAUACCCACCAGCGAAGCCGACUAUGGGUCAUUAUCCUGCCGAGCUACCAACCUAGCCGGCAAGCAGGUUGAACCCUGCAAGUACAGCGUACUACCCGCGGUGCGCCCAGAACCACCAUUCAAUUGCUCCACCGUCAAUUUGACAGAUGACGCUGUGGAGUUGAGAUGUGUUGCUGGUCAUGACGGUGGUCUGCAGAGCAUAUAUUUCGUAGAGGCAUGGGAAGCAGGCACACUGAUCGCUAACGUGUCCACGUCACAACCGCUGUGGAAACUGCGUGGACUCGGUUCAGGAAAAGCUUUGAAGCUGGUGUUCUACGCUUACAACGCUAGAGGGCGUUCUGAAUCUACAACGCUGAGAGUCCAUACGUUGUCAAGACUGGCUUUGCACACAGAAGCAAAGACAACGAGCAGCGGCAACGUCGACGCGAGUUGGAUGCUUGGCAUCAUAGCUGGGACCAUAGGGACCCUUGCUGCUGUGGUCAUCAUAGCCAUGCUGGCGAGACGUAGGCAUCACCGACCGAGGCAAUAUGAAGCUCCCAUGCAAACGGUGAAGGGAUACAAAACGUCGAUGCAUAAUAACACGAACCAUUCUCCGAUGCAGCCUGAUGAUAAGAACCCUGAUGUAGUGCCUCUGGGAAAAGAUUUCAACUGUUCCCGUGACGUGGACCGGCCACCCGAGCCGCCGCCCUACGGGUCGGUGGUGUCGCCUCCCGUGGGCUCUUCCAGGAGCGCACACAGUUUACACCAGCACGAGGGCCGUUCUACCACGCCUCAUACGCCCAAUACGCCCGCGUCUGAUGCCCAGAGCAUCGGCACGCUAGCGGAAGAUCGCCGCAGCGUCACAAGCGGCACUCUAUCGCGGCGGAGAGAGGUGGUCACCACGAGAACACCGCUCCUGGCCAACGCGAGGGAGAGCUGCGUUUAG